AGCCGAUUGUUCCCGCCAUUCCACUCAGGUCACGUUGGCUACUCCACCUUUCCUGCGUCCCUCUGCAGCUUCCUCACUUCUUUCCCAAUCGUAUUAUCCAAUUUUAUGUAUAGAGCUCAUCUAUACCCGCCAACCUAGGCUCUGGCUGCUCUUUCGAAAAUAUCACUAUUCUAGUCGGAUCGCAGCGUUUCAGAAUCGAAAUAUCCAUCACAGUAACAUCUUUCUCGCAUCUGACACCAUCGCCACUUGAUCUCCAUCUCCUGCAUUCCUGAAUGAUCCAGCAUGGCGAGGAAGAAGCAUCAUCAAUCCGCGCCAUCUUCAACAGCUACAUCAACAACACCUGCAUCCAAGCCAACCACCACUGCAUCAGCAACCGAACCUUCCGCGUCUUCUUCUGAUCCGGCAACAGCACAGCAAGCAAGCGACUAUUACACUGAAACUCAAAACAAUGAGGUCGAAGUCCUACGCGCAAUCUACCUCUCCGACUUCUCUGAAAACAAAGCGAGCUCUGCAUGGAAUAAAGCAGCAAGUCCCUCGUUCAACAUCCGCUUACACGCUCACGGAGACGGAUCAAGAACCGACGGGCCCUCUUUAACACUCAAAGUCCAGCUGACGGCCACCUAUCCUCGCUCAGUCCCCUUGAUCACCGUCGAAGAUCCCAAACACAUCCGCUCUGCACAGGUUAAAGAGAUCAGUCAGUACGUCAAUGCACGAACCAAAGAGCUGCUCGGCGAGCAAAUGAUCUUUGAGAUCGCCUCAAGUGUGCAAGAACGUCUCGAGGUCAUUCUCGAUUCACUCAACAACAAAAGUCUUGAAGAAGAGCGCGCGAAACGCAUGGCCGAGCAAACAGCUAAUGAGAAGAAGCGCGCUGAAGCCGAGCGAAAGAGAAUCGAGCAAACAAACAAGGAGGAAGAAAGAGUGCUGGUCGAGAUGAUUAGCGAAGAAAUACGUCGGCGGCAGGACAAGGAGAAGAAUCGCAACGGCGCAAACCCUGUCAUUCCAGAUGAAGAGCUCACGGAGGCAACCGCCGUCGUAUUCGAUCGCAUAAUCAAAGCCAAAGUAUCAGAUGGAUCCACCAUCUCAUUCAGGCAGGUCACCGGCAAAGUUCCGAUCGUCAGCCAUUGUCCGCUUGGGAAACAGUACAUCGUCAGGCCGGCCGUCCCGGGUCGCACUAAAGAUUCCGAUGCCACGUUUUUGCUGCACGAGGUCGAGAUCCGAGACGAGUUCUGGAACUCUUCGGAUGGCAAGCGCCAGCUAGAGUCUCUCGAAGAAGAUCUCAACGCGCUCAAGCUCUUCCGCCACGACUACGUCUCGUCCGUGUAUGAGUUCAAGAUCGAUCGUCGCGAGGACGGCUGGAUGAUUCAGAUCCUGACCGACUAUCCCGACCUUGGCGCGCUCGAAGAUUUGCUGACCACCGUCGGCACCGUCGCCGUCAACGUCGCGCGCGAGUGGACUAUCCAGCUCUUAGAGGGUCUUGAAGAUCUCCACAAGCGGGGAUUUUAUCACAAGACUCUCGAUCUGCGGUCGAUCGGACUCUUCCGCGACUAUGCUCUUUCUCGAACGAUUGCAAAGAUUUCUAAUGUGAGUUACUAUUCGCGGCUUGAAGAGAUGGACACUGCACAUCCUUUCACAGCCAACAGUGGCGCCAAAAGCCUCAUCCCCAAACGAUGGCCUGCGCCAGAGCUCAGUGCCGAAGACGGCACGCGGCCGAGUCGCAAGUCGGAUAUCUGGGACUUUGGCAUUAUUUUCACGCAGAUGCUGUUUGGCAAGUCGGUCACAAGUGAAUUCGAAUCUCCUUAUACUCUCCUAACGGACGUUGAACUGCCCGAACCUGUGCAUGACUUUAUGACCCGCAUCUUCAAGCCGAAUCCAAAGAAGCGACCGUCGGCGUUUGAGCUUCUACCGUCGCAAUUUCUCCGCAACAGCGCUCCGUCUGCGGUCUUGAACUUGGCUCCGUCGUUGCAGAUCCCGGGUGGAAACAGCAGCGGUUUUGCUGCUCAGCAGCAGAUGCAGCUACAACCUAUAUCCGGCAGCAUGCCGAUGGCAAGGCGCGCAAGCUCCUCAGUCGACGGUCGAAGCACGAGAUUUUUUGGCCGCGACGAUGUAGUCGCUCAUUCGCGGUAUCUGCAGGAUUUCGAAGAAGCUCAAUUACUCGGAAAGGGAGCGUACGGCGAAGUCGUGCGUGCUCGAAACCGGCUCGAUGGGCGGUUUUACGCAAUCAAGAAGAUUCAUCAUACGCAGGAUAAGCUGACGAGCAUUCUCAGCGAAGUCAUGCUGCUCUCACGGUUAUCGAACCAGUACGUCGUUCGUUACUUCACCGCCUGGCUCGAGGAAGAUCUCUCAUACGGCAGCGAGGUCGCGGUCACGAAUGAUGAGGAUAGUGACGACUUUGAAGAUCUCGGAGCGACAUUCGAUAGUGAAGAUAAUGACGACGACGACGAUGACGACGACGACGACCGGAAAUUGCAUUCUACGCAGGAGUUUGACUCUAUGAGCGGACUUGAUUCGAUGAGCGGGCUUGACAUUAUGUCAAACUCGAUGCAAGAUCUAAACAUCGAAUUUGGCUACGACAGCGACAACGACGAAACCGGUGGUAGAUGUCGCGGCACUAGCUCUCCGGCUCCCGGAUCAACCGCAACAUCGACGACGGCGGCGGCGGCGUCAAUACAGGAGUUUACCCGUCGGCAUCGGCAGUCUGAGAGUUUAGCACAGUACGUUCGCAGUACUUUGUUCAUCCAGAUGGAGUACUGCGAGAAACACACCCUGCAGGAUUUGAUCAGAGACAAUCUGUACCAAAACCCGGAUGAUUACUGGCGACUUUUUCGGCAGAUUCUCGAGGCUCUCAAUCAUAUCCACAGUCUCGGAAUCAUUCACCGUGAUCUCAAGCCCACGAAUAUUUUCAUUGACCAAGCGCAGAACGUGAAGAUUGGAGACUUUGGGUUGGCGAAAAAUGUGCACAGUGAAAAGGCAUCGAGCGGUACGACGCCGGUGGGCGACGAUCUGACGUCAGAUGUCGGCACCACGCUCUACGUGGCGGCAGAGGCGAUUGGUGACGGAAAUUACAACGAGAAAGUCGAUAUGUACUCUCUUGGCAUCAUCUUCUUUGAGAUGUGCUACCGAAUGCAGACCGGUAUGGAGCGCGUGCAGGUCCUGCUUCGUCUGCGUCGAAAGUCUGUGAUUUUCCCGCCUGAUUUCCCCGUCGGUCGACGGCUCGAGGAGAGCAUAAUCACCAGUCUCUUGGACCAUGAGCCUGCCAAGCGGCCUAGUGCUGCUGACCUGCUGCAAUCCGGACAACUACCCGUACUCGUUGAGGACGAGAUGAUCCAGCAAACGCUGCGCAGUCUGACGGAUCCUGGGUCACCGUGGCUAUCGCAAGUUCGCGACGCGCUGUUUUCCAGAGCCCAUGACCAUGUCAAGGACGCACUCUACGAUAAACCUCCUCGGUUCCAAAGCGUGAACGAGCUUGUUCUCCGCGGCCAAAUCAAAUCCAAGCUGACUGCGAUCUUCCGUCACCACGGUGCAGUCGAGGUGCCGAGCCAGUCCGUCGUGUUCCCCAAAUCUCCAAUCUACAACCUCCCGAACCGGUUCGUCCUUCUCGAUGUGUCUGGCACAGUCCUGCAACUACCAUUCGAUCUCACACUCCCCAAUGCGCGAAUGCUCGCCCGCGCCCGUCCUCCGUACCGCAGAAGUUUCUCGUUCGGAAGCGUAUACCGGUCCGAAGAUCCGUCGGGCGGAGGCGAACCCCGCGGCUUUGGAGAGGUCGAUUUCGACGUGUUGUCGACCGAUCAGGCGGAUUUCGCGAUCGCAGAGGCGGAGGUCAUGAAGGUGCUUGAUGAGAUUGUUGACGAGUUCUUUCCGACGAAACGGCAGUUUGCUUGCUUUUCGAUCAAUCAUGCUGAUUUGCUGGAUAUGAUUCUGGAUGCGUGCCGCAUCAAUCAGGCUCAGCGGCCGAGCUUGAUUCUUCUGUUGAGUAAGGUUGGAGUUUCCGUCAGCAUGAAGGAUGUCAAGAACGAACUGAAGCAAAAGUCCACAAUCUCCUCUGCUGCCUUGGCGGAUCUCGAGAGGUUUAAUUUCAGAGAGAGCAUCGACAAAGGAUUAUCGCGCAUUGCGACGCUAUUCGAGUCCUCACGCUAUACGAACGACCACUUCAGCUACGUGGCAAGCCACCUCCGCAAGGUCGAUCAGUUCAUGAAGAGUUUCGGGAUCAGCAAGCGGAUCUAUCUGGCCCCGCUGAGCAACUAUAACGAGCGCUACUACCGCCACGGCGUCAUGUUCCAGGUCGCGAUCGAAGAACGGUUGAAGAACCGUGUGCUCGCGUGCGGCGGACGAUAUGAUAGUCUGAUCAAGUUUUAUCAUCAUUCGAUGCUCAACGAUCGGCAGGUCGGUGCUGUCGGGUUCAAUCUCGUGUGGGAGUAUCUGGCGGCUAUGAAUCCGCGCGCUGAGUCGAUGGUCGGAGGCGGAGGCAGCAGUGCCGCAGCGAGCAACAGCAACAGCGGCGCGAACGUGGUGAACGGCAGCAGCUAUCACAGCGGUAGCAAUAAUCACUAUAACCUCUCGACAUCAGUCUGCGACGUCUUAGUCGUGUGCUCGUCGGUCGAUAUCGCGACCCGCAAAAUGGCUGUCGAGGCCGCGAAGGAUCUCUGGGCGGUCGGUAUCACGGCCGAGUUGGCAGCCGUCGGCUCGUCUACGGAUAGCUUGCUCUCGUACGCGCGCGCGUCCGGUAUGAACUGGGUCGUGAUUGUAAAGUCGCAGGCUAGUACCUCGCACGCGACCUUCAAGCCUUUGAAAGUGAAAAACAUGUCGCGCACGCGCGACGACGAGGACCUCGACUCGUCCGAGCUGGUGGGCUACUUGCUGCCCGAGAUCCAGGCACACUCGUCGCGAUAUCUUCUUUCCGGCGCCGGCGGCGGUAUCGGGCUCGGUGGCAUUGGCGUCGGCGGAAGUAGCGGCAGUGGCAGCGGCGGCGGCUCGGGCAGUGGCAACGGAGGCGGUGGUGGAAGCGGCGGCGGCGGUGGCGGGAGCGGGAGCUACAGCUACAGCGGGUCGGCGGCGAGACACCACGGCAGCGGCGGGAUGAUCCAGGAUGUGACGAUAAUCACCAACGACCUCGAACGGUACGAGAAGAACGCGAAGCAAAACAAGGGUGGCGCGCGGAAGCUCAACAAGCGACUGAUUGACGAGCGUGCGCACGAGGCGGUGUCGAGCACGAUCGCGUCGCUUUCGGACGCGCCCGUGUUUGCGGUCGAUUUCAAGAACGAGCUGAUGUCGCUUAUCCCUGCGUGUCCGCUGAUCCAGACCGAGGGGUGGCGGAAGAUUGUGAAUGCCGCGCCGGCGUCGCAGAGACAGUAUAUGGGUCGGUUGCUGGACGCGCUGGUGGCGGAGGCGGAGAAAGGUGCGAAGCAGGCGAUUGUUUUUUCGUUUCGGACGGAGAAGGUGAUAAUCUUGGACUUGCAGAGGUGAGGGGUCUUUAUAUAUUAUUUCUUGCUUCAUUGUACUGUAGUCAUACUCAUAACUUGUAAUUUAACGAAAUGAAUAUUAUUAUACACUGGUUCUGUAAUCUAGUAUACAUGACAAGGAAAAUCAAAGAACUCCAUAGUAGUAAAUGAAACCGACUUUUAGAUGCGACAAUCAGUACUUGCGUCUCUUUGCCGGCUGAAGCGCGGUACUCUGUUCGCGCUGUAAUUUUUC